UCGAACUUUGACGUACAUAAUCGUAAAUAAAUCUCCAUUUUCUUUUGUCAAAAAAUUUAAUAAUCCUAGUAAUUAUUGCGUUUCGCUCUCCGUGAAGCCCAAAUAUAUCGUUAUUUCAACACCUGUAGUUAAUUAAAUUGGUUUACUAAUUUCAUUCACAUGUUUUACAAUACUACUAAGAUUGGUUGUCUUUUGAGUAUUGAGUAGUCAACACACAAUCAGCUGAGUUUUGUUUUCGUUAGUGAGGGUGGUUGUAACUUGUAUAACGAAGCAAUUGGACGUAUCUAGAGGAAGUGACACAGAUUGCUUGCAAUGAACGAAAUAAAAUCACUCGAACAUGCCACUUUGAAGGUACCCUACGAGGUAUUCAACAAGCGCUACCGAAAUGCUCAGCGAGUGCUGGAUGUGGAAGCAAGACAAGUAACCACCUCUGUAAGUGACAUUGAUGCUGCUACCAAGAAAGGUGCGACAACUGGAGAGAUUGACUCACUGCUUGGUGGAAUGGUGGAGAAGCUCACAACAAUGAAACGCAAAGCAUCAGAAGCUAUAACGGAGGAGGUUCAAGCUGCGUGCGUGUGCAAGAAGCGUCUAGAACACCUCAAGGAGCAGGCCGAAGCGCUCACAGAACCUGCCGCACCGCAAGCUAAGACACAAAUGAACCAAUGGCGUAGUGUGCGUUUGGACAGGAUGCUGGUGGAUUAUUUCCUGCGUAACGGUUACUACGACUCCGCUAACAAGCUGGCAGAUAAGAGGGACCUAAGAGACCUUACCAAUGUUGAUAUCUACGCAGCGGCCGCAGAAGUGGAAACCGAGUUGUCCGCGCGUCGUACGGGCCGAUGCCUGCAGUGGUGCGCCGACAACCGCUCCAAACUGCGCAAGCUCAACUCAACCAUGGAGUUCAAGAUACGCAUUCAGGAGUUUAUAGAGUUGGUCCGUGAUGAUCGACGUCUCGAGGCGGUCCGUUACGCGAAGAAGCACUUCUCCACAUACGAAGACGGACAACUCGACGAUAUCCAACAUUGCAUGGGAAUGCUCGCUUUUCCUAAGGACACUGACGUGGAGCCUUACCGGUCGCUACUGGGAAAUUGGCGCUGGGGAGCCCUAGUGGCGCAAUUCCGCUGGGAGCACGCGAGACUACUGCACCCGGCGCGUCUCCCAGCUUUGCCCGUCGCGCUACAACUGGGCCUCGCCGCUUUAAACACGCCUCAGUGCUACAACGAGAGCACCCAGGUAUCCGCAUGCCCGGCGUGCCAGCCGCCGCUGAACGCUUUGGCGCGACUGUUGCCGCACGCACACUGCUCGCACUCGCGUCUCGUUUGCCGCAUCUCUCGCCUGCCGCUCAACGAGCACAACCAGCCGAUGGUGCUGCCCAACGGACAGGUGUACGGGGAGAAGGCCCUUAAAGAUAUGAUGAAGGAACACGGAUCGAUCAUAUGCCCGAAAACAAAGGAAGUGUUCUGUAUGAAGCGCGUAGAGAAAGUAUACGUCAUGUAAAACAUAUUAACCUGCGAAAUGUUAUUAUGUCGUUAUUUAUGUCGCCACGUUUUUGUGUUUUUGAAUAUUUCAUGUGAUUUUAUUUUUAUAAAUCCUAUUGUGAUACAAAAACGGGUAGUAAUUAUGAAACGAGAGAUUGUUAAUUUUGAAAAUCUCUUGCUCUGCAUGGAAAUAUAUUGUCAUCAAGUCAAGUCAAGUCAAGUCAAGUCAAAAAGGUGGCACUUUUGAUGCGUACAUAAGAAUUACACGGUAGUGAGAUGAUAGCG